GCGAGCCACUUUUUAGCUUGCCGUGUAGUUUAUUUUAAUUUUAUUUGGUAUUAACCUUGCGUUUAUUCGUUGUAAAUAUUAUAUACGUAGACUUAUCAUUAGCGUAAUUGUCCUCUUAGAUUGUACGGAAGUGCACUUGCAGUGUUACAUAAACUGUAGACUGAAUCGUGACGGCGAUUUCGAUGCAUAUAACUACAUAGUACGUCAGUGAAUGAAUGGUGGCUAUAAGAUAAUGGAUGUGGAUGCUCCUAACAUAUUGAAGAGGUGCAGUAGCGCACCUUUGAUAAAUGAGGGCUCCUCUACGGCGGUGACGUCGCCCACAACAACUACAGCGCCGAGGAACACGCCGUUCUUUAGCAUGUUCUCGAACAACAACCUGUCGCGCACACGCAGGUACAGUCACGGCGGCGGCAGUUCCAGCCCGCUCGCAGCGCCAGUAUCUAACAACUGGGGCCCCCCACUAACGCCGCGCGUGAAUCAACUGCGGGCAGAGGAGUGCGCUGACGUCAGCAACACGCGAGAAUUGGCCCACGAAAGGGAAAUAACGAGUGCCAUGCAAAUGGGCCAGUCCUGCGAAGACCUCACGCUCGCCGGGCUGCCCAAUUCACCCACUAGGAUACCCAGGAUCUCCCCCUCCCAAGUGUCACCGUCACCUACAAGAAAAUCCACGUAUACAACGCGACGCAGCGUGUCACCCACAAUCAUAAUACGUGCAUCCAGUUUCAGUCCAGUCAGUCGACCGAACCACCUCUCCGGCAAACGAAGAUGCGAAGACAUGGACUCGCCUUUAUCCAAACGUAUGUGCACAUCAGAUAGGUUAACGCCUUCCACGCCAGGCACACCAGAUUCAGAUUCCUUAGAUUGUACAUUUAGGCCUGUGUCGCCACGAGCUCAACCGAUGAACGAAUCACCACAUGACUCCCCAGAUGUACAGGAAAAUCACAAAUCCACGAGUCCUAGCUAAUAGUAACACGGAGGUGACGUCAAUUUGGA